AUGCACUACUCUCCAUCGCACAUUUUCCUAGCACUCCUCUUACUUUUUACCACAUUGAAAGCUGGCUUCAUCGAAGGGCGGUCGCAACCUGGUCCGACGCAGCGUAUUGACAGCCCCGUCAAUGCCGAACAUGGCCAACGGGAUUACUCUUAUGAUGGCCUCACCCACGACAUUAUAGAGAAGAAGAGAGGUGGCGACUACUCGUUUCAGCCUUUAUUAAAACGGCAGCCAUCAUGUAAUGACGGUCUAACGUCCUGCGGGACUGGGUGCAUGCCAGAGAACGCCGAGUGCUGCAGUGGCAAGAGUUACUGCGAUGCAGGAACUCUAUGUAUAGGCGGAGGUCGUUGCAGCUCGAUUGCGGCCGCAAGUACAGAUGUCUCUACGUCACCAUCGCUAUCGGAUUUUGUGCCGACGAUAAUUCCUUCAUCAACAACGGAAACGGAUGCUCGAUCUUCCAUCAUCAUCGAAAUCAUCCGCACUAUAACGGCGCAGCCUUUGGGCGAGAACAUUAGCAACUCCGAAAAUGGAACGACCUCGACAGGAAUCAUCGCCGGUGCCACUGUGGGAGGCGUGGUCGCGGGUGCCUUGGCCAUGGGAGGACUAUGGUUUCUCUUUCGGCGCCGAAAACGACGAACUGAACACCAAGGGGAGAACAGUGAGGUCAAGCCAUCCGGACCUACGCCUAGCCAAUUCUCAUAUCCAAAAGCCAGCCAGAAAGGCGGCAAGCCGACCACAGAGCUUGAUUCAACGGACUUGUUGGAGAUGGAGUGCCACCGAUCCGCGAUGAAGGGGCAAGCACAUAUAGCCGAGCUUGAACAGCCAAUACAGCUGGCGGAGUUGGAUGCUUCUCAGUACCCACAUAGAUAG